CCCCCGCCCCCUCGGCUGGCCGCCAUCUUGUUGUUGAUCCGUACCCAGUGGCCAGCGCUGGGAGCUGGACCCAGCGGCCUGCGUGGGGCCGCUGCAGUGGGGCUCAGCACCUGCGCCGCCUGCCAGGGGGCGGGCCGAAACCUGGAGGCCCGGGGGGCUCAGCUCCCGUGGGGAGCCUCGGGCGCCCGCAGCCCGGCCAGGGCGGUACUGGAAAUUGAACCCAGGGCUUCAGGCAUGCCAGCAUCCCUCAGAACCCCAAGACACUAUAUCAGGUGUGGUGAGGUGAGGGUUGGGCUCCUCCCAGUGUCCAUCCUCUUAGAUGUGGCUGAUGUUCCUGAAUGCUUGCUGCUUACAGAGGCUGAGCUCACCCUACAACAAGUGUACUGUCCAGGACAGAGUAAGAAGCUGAGCAGACCGUGACUAUUGCCUUAGGUUGCCAAGACCGUCUACUUAGCUUUUACAUUUUGUGGCCCAUGUGCUGCAACCUGUGUCCCCAGUUUUGCAACCGGCCCCCAACGAAAUGUGUGUUUGUCAAACCAUGGAAGUGGGGCAGUAUGGCAAGAAUGCAGGACGAGCGGGAGACCGAGGAGUCCUCCUGGAGCCCUUCAUCCACCAAGUGGGCGGGCACAGCAGCAUGAUGCGUUACGACGACCACACUGUGUGCAAACCUCUCAUCUCCAGAGAGCAGCGCUUCUAUGAGUCCCUCCCUCCUGAGAUGAAGGAGUUCACCCCUGAAUACAAAGGUGUGGUAUCUGUCUGUUUUGAGGGGGACAGUGAUGGUUAUAUCAACUUGGUGGCCUACCCUUAUGUGGAGAGUGAGACCAUGGAACAGGAUGAUACACCAGAACGGGAGCAACCUCGGCGCAAACAUUCCCGCCGGAGCCUGCAUCGGUCAGGCAGUGGCAGUGACCACAAGGAGGAGAAAGCUACCUUGUCCCUUGAGACCUCUGAGAGCUCCCAGGAGGCAAAGAGUCUGAAGGUGGAGCUUCAUAGCCACUCAGAUGUCCCUUUCCAGAUGCUAGAUGGCAAUAGCGGUCUGAGUUCUGAGAAGAUCAGCCAUAACCCCUGGAGCCUGCGCUGUCACAAGCAGCAGCUGAGCCGCAUGCGCUCUGAGUCCAAGGACCGAAAGCUCUACAAAUUCCUCCUGCUUGAGAACGUUGUUCACCAUUUCAAGUACCCCUGUGUGCUGGACCUGAAGAUGGGUACUCGGCAGCAUGGGGACGACGCAUCAGCUGAGAAGGCUGCCAGGCAGAUGAGGAAGUGUGAGCAGAGCACAUCUGCCACGCUGGGGGUCAGGGUCUGUGGCAUGCAGGUGUACCAGCUGGACACAGGCCAUUACCUCUGCAGGAACAAGUACUAUGGCCGUGGGCUCUCCAUUGAAGGCUUCCGCAAUGCCCUCUAUCAGUACCUGCACAAUGGGCUGGACCUGCGACGUGACCUCUUUGAGCCUAUCUUGAGCAAACUUCGAGGCCUCAAAGCUGUGCUGGAGCGGCAGGCCUCCUACCGAUUCUAUUCCAGUUCUCUGCUUAUCAUCUAUGAUGGCAAGGAGUGCUGGUCUGACCUGCGUCUCAAGCACCUGGACAUGGGGAACACUGAGGUGGCACCACCCAGUGGCCCCAGCACUAGCCCCAGCGGCAUGAACCCUGAGCCGGGCCCCUCCUGUCCACCCAAAGUGGAUGUCCGCAUGAUUGACUUUGCACACAGCACCUUCAAGGGCUUCCGGGAUGACCCCACUGUGCACGAUGGGCCAGACAGAGGCUAUGUGUUUGGCCUGGAGAAUCUCAUCAGCAUCAUGGAACAGAUGCAGGACGAAAACCAGUAGGCCCAGUUCUGGGCCCCUGGUACCCGUUCCUCUCCACCCGCAGGCAGGGACCAUUGCUCUGAACUUGCCAUGAGGACACACAGACUUACUUUUAAAGGGUUGUAUUUCUCUUUGGUGUAAACUAAAAGAAAUGUUUUUAGUUGUAGCCUGGAAUCCAUAUAUACAAAGUGAAAGAGAGCAGAACAUAUGCUCUCUCAGCCAGGCUUCUUAGCUUUAUGGCUCUGACUGCUGUGUCCAGGAUGACUUAGGAAGGAAGAGGUGCCCCUGGUGGGCUUGGCAGCAGAGUCACGUACCCUUGGACUUUGGUUUCUUUGCCUAGACCUUUGGGAUCUGUGGCUGCAGGGUCCUGCUAAUUGUGGGGUGAAACCCUGGGCUGGCACAGGUUUCCUUCAUGCCCACUCAUCCCUUGUUCUUCAGAAGUAGAGGCUUGGGUCCCCAUCUCUCCGGGGCAUUUCAUUCUUGUGCUAUGAGUGUCAGUAGCUACUGAUUGCACAUAGUUGGGCCUUGGGUCUGAUUUUGGCAUGGGUCUAGGUUCAUGAAGCUGAGCUGAAGCUAGCUCAUGGCAGGGAGCAGGCUAUUUCCUCAGUCACUCAUUGCCAUUUGAACUACUACUAUGCCCACAAUCCCAGCCAGCCUCUCACCGAGAUCCCUUGCCUAAGGAGGCCGUUACUCCUGCCUCACUGAAGGGGCAUGACUGUGGGGCCCAGUAGGCCUCAAGGCUGGUGUUCCAGACAGUACUUGAGUUCUCGUGCUGUGGGUGGGGGUCUUCCUCCUCUAGAUCGGGCAGCUGUGUUGCCUCUGGAUGGGCAAUCCUUCAGGGCUCAAGGGCUGUGGUCCGCUCAGGGUCUCGCACUUUCCAAGGCCAAGCUCAAGGCAGGCAGCCCAUUGUGAGGUAUGCUAGGCCCUGGGUCUGGAGGGAGAACUUUAAGGUUGUCUGCUUUUAGGGACAUUGGACCCUGGGUGCAGGUGCCCAGAUUCUGCUAAUGAGAGCUUUGUCUGAUUAACCCUGGGGUCUGUCACUUCGUCCAUAUGUCCACCUUGCAGCCCUGUUGCAUGGGGAUAUUUCCCCUGGGGUGUAGCCUUGCUUGUUAGUAUAUUCUGAUUUCUUUCAUGCUGUCCUCAGCAAAAUAAUUCUCUUUCUCAUUUCUGAGGUGAGCUUUUGCCCUUCUAUAGCAGGUGCUGCCUUUUUUAAAAAAAGAUGAAGUACCAGAAUGAAUUAUAGGUAGUGUUUCUCUGCUGGUCCAGUGCCCUUUCUUGUGGGCCUGCAGUGUGGCCCUCAACACUGACAGCAGACAGUGAAGGCUCAAGGGGUGAUCCUGUCUCAUUGUUUUAGUGAUUUUUGCUGCUAGCCCUUAAUGGCAUGGAGACUCGCUGCCUCUAACACAGGUGGCCAGCAGGUGAUUCUGCACUUGGCCAUUGCCAGGGUUACCCUCUCGUCCAAGAAUAGGGCCACUGUCAUUGUCACUUUAGACGUGUCCCUAUUUUGUCUUCAAAAAUAAGCCUAUGUCUGAGAGGCCUUGGUAACUGAAGGACUAAUUUCCCUCUGAAAUGGGUUACUUGAUAGAGCCCACCUCUCAGCUCUGUGACCCUGGCUGGGGCCAGUGGUGGAUAGGUCCUUGGGGCCGGGGUGGCACAGCUUUGCCUAUUUCUGGUCAGUAACGACCAUCUUUCCUCUACCAGUCUGUGGCUUUGGCCCUGAAGGCAGUCGCCACUCUUCGUUAGUGUAGACAGCCUUCCCUGGCAGGGUAACGGGUAAGACAGUGGGUUCGGGUUUGGGGCCACUCGAGCUGCCUGGGAAUGUGUUGUGCCUCCUCAGUUCCCAGAUGCUGGGAGUGGACGCUGCCCCUUACCAAAGGGAAGGUUGAGAAUCCAUUUAUGAUCUGCGUUCUCCUGGCACUAAGAAGAGUGGAAGGGCUGGGACUUGCUGCUGCAGCCCCAGUAGAGGGCCCCUUUUCAGCACCGUGGGAGACCCAGUCCUGAGAGCUGAAGGCUGGUGGCGAGUGUGCACACAUUGCUGCCCCAUUCUAACUAUCCCAGGCCACAAAGCCCAGACCCUUGGCAGCCCCGUCUUCCUAGCCCCAAAUUGGGACCAAGGUGCAAAAUGGGAUCAUGGGUUGGGGUGUUUAGGCCGCCUCUCUAAUACUUCCCUGGGCAAGCUGACACUGGCGGGGGUGGGGGUGGGGGUAGGAGUGGUACGGGGCGUCUGGUGCUCUAGAGGAAGGGGACUAGGUUGCAAUUUGCCAGGGACCUGCCCCUCCCUGGGCCUAUGCGAUGGGUGUGUGAUUCCCACCAAGGACCAGGGCUAGGCUUGAUCACUAGCAACUGCUCUCAUGCUCACACCUGGCUACGUGCACAUUUCCUAGAUGCAGAUUGCUUUGAACUUUGCAGCUGUACUGUUUGGUUAUGUUUGUUCCGAUUCAAGAAUUGAGAAAAAUAUGGAGAACUCUGAGAAGGACCUGGUUCCUUUGCUACUUGGGGAAAUGUUAAAACCUCGCAUCUGGGAAUCUACUACUUCUAGAGGCUAAGCCUGUCCACAUCGCCCGAGGUCUGCGUCCUACAAGACGUGGGUGCGGCCGCGCCUCGGGGCGGUUUCAUUUUCUCCGGACCUUGCGUGUAGGGGAGGGGGUGCUCGGGCCGAGCCCACCCUUCUGUAUACCCAGCGCUGCACACCCUGCUUGUGUCUGAGGUCGCGUAUGUCAAAAUAAAGCCGCUAGCAACGAAA